CGAGCACCGUUCCAAGUCUGCGGCGGUGGACGGCGGCGGUGUGCGUGCACGACACGUAAAGAUUCGUAAAAUGCUGCUGUCGUUUCAGCCACGUCUGGGUUAUGAAAUGGUCGUCAACUUUAUCUUAAGUUGCUGUAGUGUUCCGUAAAAAUGUUAGCAGCGCACGCUCAGCUACCGAAGCUAACCGACGCUAGCAGCCAGACGUUGGAGUCAGCCUGGACGGACGGUCGCUAACUAGCGCCGUGCUGCCGUCAAACACAUACAGACCGGGGUUGCCUGACAAGCCUGUCGGUUAGCGGUAGCUCGCAGUUACCGUUAUACGUCUGCUUCCUAGCCGCUGAUCAGCGCGGUUAACCCAGCUUGGUGGACAAAUUUAUGUAGCUAAAAUGUUGUCUCACCAGCUGCUUUUUAGGGAUAUAUUUUAUACUACCUUGCUAGCGUGUGCUAACCACAACUCUCGGCCUAACUAAGGCUGUCAAAGCAGUUCACCCUCCCUGAACAAAUUCAGUCACAAAGGAGAGGUCGUGUGGUGUAGUGACGAUUUAACGCUAUUCGGAAAAGUGUAAUGAUUACAUAAUUUGAUAAUUUGGCUGCUCACAUAGGGGACGACCAUAUUACUUUGGCCCUACGCAAAGACCCUGCAGUGCUGAAGUCCAAAACUGAGUAUGAUUCCCUGGUUGCGGUGGAGGUGAGGAAGCAUGGGGUGGAAUUUUGAGGUGUCAAGACGAACAUGAUGACAGCAUGAUCCAUGGUGGAGAAGCUCAAAAUGGAAAAACGCCCAUGCAGGGAGGAGAACAUUGACUCAAGCGAGGCCCAGCAUGCCACUGACGAGUCUGAGGAUGGAAGCAGCUCAGAAAGCGAAUCAGAGGAUCAGCAACAUCAGAGGGUUCAGGUGAACAGUGGCUGCAGGAGAAGGGAGCCCUUGGCUGUGACGAAACCUCACCGACAACUCUGUCGCUCUCCAUGCCUUGACCGGCCCAGUUUUUCCCAGAGUAGCACCGUGCAAGAUUUUCGUGAGGAUGACACCAGCACAGCACCAGGGAUCAAGCUUGCCAGUGACAGAGACUACCAGACAAAGAUGGAAUUUGCUUUGAAGCUGGGCUAUUCGGGAGAGCAGGUGGAGACGGUGCUCCACAAGUUGGGGGCGACUGCACUUAUUAACGACAUACUUGCCGAGUUAGUACGACUUGGGAACAAAGUCGAGUCUGAAAUUCAACCUUGCAGUAGUACAGCCACGUCAAUAUCAAGACCCCCCUGUGUUAAAGAGACUGUUAGUCCAGAAGUGUCAGUGGAAGAUGAAUCUGUAGAUACCUUUGAUAACCUCAGGCCCAUUGUGAUUGAUGGCUCAAAUGUGGCAAUGAGCCAUGGAAAUAAGGAGGUAUUCUCUUGCCGUGGUAUCCAGCUUGCUGUUGAAUGGUUUGUGGAGAAAGGACACAAAGACAUCACUGUGUUUGUCCCAGCCUGGAGAAAGGAGCAGUCAAGACCUGACGCCCUCAUCACAGAUCAAGAAAUAUUACGCAAGCUGGAGAAAGAGAAGGUCCUGGUUUUCACCCCGUCUCGGAGAGUUCAAGGCCGGAGAGUGGUGUGCUAUGAUGAUCGCUUCAUAGUGAAGCUGGCUUAUGAUUCUGAUGGAAUUAUUGUGUCAAAUGACAACUACAGGGACUUGCAAAAUGAGAAGCCAGAGUGGAAGAAGUUCAUAGAAGAGCGUCUCCUUAUGUACUCAUUUGUCAAUGACAAGUUUAUGCCGCCUGACGAUCCAUUAGGAAGACACGGCCCAAGCUUAGAAAACUUUCUCCGCAAGCGGCCUGUUGUUCCAGAGCACAAAAAGCAACCUUGCCCCUAUGGGAAAAAGUGCACAUAUGGACAUAAGUGUAAGUACUAUCAUCCGGAGCGCGUCAACCAGCCACAGCGGUCCGUGGCUGAUGAACUACGGGCCUUUGCCAAAUUGUCUGCUGUGAAAACAAUGAGUGAGGGGGCUUUGGCUAAAUGUGGCACUGGUCCCGCAACUGUAAAGGGGGACAUUAACUCUGAGGCUAAGCGUGUGGCACCCAAACGUCAGUCUGACCCCAGCAUUCGUUCAGUGGCCUGUGAACCUCCAGAGGCACUGUCUGUCGCUAGGAAGUCUGAGACAAAUUCAGUGCCUUCCCUUGUGUCUGCUCUCAGUGUGCCCACCAUGCAGCCUGUAAAGAGCCACGCAGCGGGGGCCUUGAACACACGAUCAGCCAGCAGCCCAGUGCCAGGUUCUCUGCAGUUCUCUCAUAGUUCUCUGGAGCACAUGUCCAGUGUACAGUACCCUCCUAUUUUAGUUACUAAUAGUCAUGGCGCCUCUGUAACAUACAGUGAACAGUUCCCAAAGUAUGACUCAGUUAGUGACCAUGGAUAUUAUUCAUUGCACAGUGAUUUUUCAAAUAUGAGCAUGAGCAGCAUGCAUAAUGUUGACAGUUUCUGUAGCAUGGAGCACGAGCAUGUGUAUCAGAGAAAUCCCAGCCACUGCCCUGAGUCCUGUCUCAGCCACUCAAACAGUGACUCAUUCUCCUCGUAUGGGGACCUGUACCCAAGCUCUGUUGACAGUAGCUUAGAGGAGAGCAUGAAGGUGCAGCAGCAGUCUUCUGCACAGGGUAGGAUGCAGGCUUUCUCCCACGGGUUUCGUCACGAAGCGCUGAGCAGAGUACAGAGUUAUGGACCAGAGGAGCCGAAGCAAGUCCCCCGUAAGCAGUCUGGACCUCACCUAGCACCACAUGUCCAGCAUGCUGCAGUGGGAGCCAGGUCCAGCUGUCCUGGAGACUACCCCCUGACUCAGAAUGUCCUCCCACCUUUGUCAUCCCAACCCAUGCGGUCUCUAGGUAUGACUCGAAUGGACAGCAUAUCGGAUUCAAGGUUAUACGAUAGCAACCCAAUGAGACAGAGGCGACCUCCACUGUGCCGUGAGCAGCAUGCAAGCUGGGACCCUCUGCCUUGUGGUAAUGAGUCCUAUGGAUAUCAUUCAUAUCCACUGAGUAACAGCCUGAUGCCAUGUUGUGAGCGGGUGAUGGUCCGCAGCAUGCCAGACAAAAUGGAACAAAUCUGGAACUCUCCAUGGGAGACCCCAUCUGCAGCUGAACACCAAGAGCGGUAUGUUAUUCCAGACCACCAGUAUCAAACAUAUAGGAACCUUUGUAACAUAUUUCCUGCUUACGUAGUCCACUCAGUAAUGGAGAAGAACCCUCAUUUGACAGAUCCACAACAACUUGCCGCUGUCAUUGUCACAAAACUGAGGUCCUGCCACUGAGCAGUUUAUUAUAAUGAAACAAUUGAACGUGAUGUGAUGAGGGAUUAAGAAGCUUAAUUGCAAAGAUAGGCACUUGUUAAAUGUUGCUGCAUAUGCAACAUCUGCCCUCAGGAGUUAAUCAUUUCGUCUUGGGUGGGAAAUCUGGCUAUCAGAUUUUGCAUCACUAAGCUAAUAUAGAAAUAAUCACCAUAAUUGAAGUUUUUAUAUGGAGUGUGGUGCAGCUAUAUGAUAUAAAGCAACACCUUAUUAGAAAUCUGGUUCAUAACACAUUCAUGCUACCUGUGCAAGAGCAGAAUUUGUUCAACAAUACAGUCCUUAUCCAGACUGGAAAAUGUUCCUUAAAUCAAUUCUGAAUUAUGUGCAAGCAGUUUAAAUUGAUUGGAUGUUUAUAAGGUGUACAUGGAACCCAAAUAAAGUUUAGUAUUAAAUUAACACUUUACAAAAUAAAACAGUUCAAUACAUUCAGUACAUUCAUUUAACAUUUAAAUACAGUAAUGUUAAAAUAACUAAUACAUAAUGAAAACCUAACUCAUUUUAAUUUCACUCUUUGUUUCUUUUAAGUCAUUACUGUCGAUGUCUUGUACAUCUGAUAUAAUAGAAGAAUCUGAUCAUCUCGCUUCUCCAUUGGCAGCCAUUUUGUUGUAAAAAAAUAAGCUCAACAGCUCUCAGGUGUAUGACUAUUUUGCUGUUACUAUUCUGAUUAUGGCCACAUAAAGCCGGACUAAACCAUUGGAUUGGCAGAUCUUUUCUGGGCACAAUGAAUCUGGAGCGAGCAGGAGUCCAGACUGAAAUUCCCCACCAAGAUUUUGUGGGCGGGCGGACAUAAGCCCAGCUUCCAGGCUAGGACAUUUAUCAUGCUCUCAACUUUGAUCUUUACCUAGUAAGCUGAAGCUCCACCGCUACGUUUGUCCCUUUAGCACUUGUUAGCUAGAGCCUCGGUGUAAUUUAAGGACCUGCAACUGUUACAAACACAGACUAAGAGACUAACAUUUCUUUUUGUUAAUUUAGCUGUAAAGGGCUGCAUAAGCUGGCGAUAAGCUUAGCAGUGUUGUGAGUUCAGUGUAUUACUCAGAACAAAGUGAAGAGACAGUGUUUAUGGCAGUAAAUACCAUUCACUGUUAUCUCUCGUGAUGUUCCUCCAAGAAAGACACGCACCUCAUUUAUUUGUUAUUCACACCAACAGGAUUGAUAAUGCUGCUCAUUUUGGCGCUUCUGAGCUUGGAUGUGGGUCCAUCUAGUUAAUUAGCAUAAGAAUCCUUGCUAAGCUAUGCCUUAAAAGCUUAAGAAGUAAGUAGUUAGCUUGUCUGUUUGGUGUGCUUACUUAGCAACAGCCCAAGUGAUAGCUUUGGUUUUGCUGGUGCUCUAGCUAACAGACGCUGAACGACUGUAUUUGCUUGCAGUUAUUAAGCCUAUUGGAUGUAAGUUGACUGAAAGCCAUGGACGGAGUGACAAAACCACUGUCAUGAAAAGUCACACUAUAAAACUAACCGGAUUAAAAGCAUCACUGGCAAAAUGCAUGUAUUAGAACAUCUGACAAAUUAAUAGGGUACACAAAACUGUCAUUUCAAGGAAAUCACAUUUCAUAAUGCGUUAUAAUGAUGGUGAUUGUUUUCAUAAUAUUAUAUAUUUCAUUCAUUUAAUGUUGAUCAUUGGUUCUACAGUUUUGAUGGCCAGUGGGUUAAUCAUCGUAUUAAACCUAAUCCAAUCCUAAUUAACAUAGCUAGUUAGUGUAAUUGUGAGUCAGUGUGAUUGAGUAAGCAAUUAAGCUACAUAGCAACACAGUGAAGAUGGGAAGUAAUAAUCAACAAUGUCUCCCACAUUUGCCUUAUUAGAUUUGACAUAAGAACAUUUGUACACCAUGUAGCUUUUGCGAAGAUCUUGCUCAGGCCCUGUGAAUGUGUUAUGAAAAGCAUCUGAAGAGUUUCUGGUGGAGUGGAAGUAUAAAUAACCUUGCAUAGGCCUGCCUCUACUGUAAAUAGUUCUUGUGUUUUUUUGUGCAUUUGUUUUGAAGAUGAGUAAAGGGGAGGUAGGUGUAUACCUCACAGCAUGAACUAUGACAUUUUAUGGCCUUAUAUCUGAAUGACCUCACGCUUUAGUCAUUGUCUGAUUGGUUUCAGUGAAAGUCUUUGUCAUUGAAGCCUCCUACUUUCAAAUGUAAAGCACUAUCUCAGUAUCUAAAGAGAUAUAUUUUCUCAGCCUCACUUAACAAAGCUACUAUUUUGGUAGAAUUUGACAGUGCACAAAGCAAGCCAAACAAGAGAUUUGACUUGUAUACAGGUGCACAUAUUUAUGUACAUAUAAUCACACAAAAGCCAUUAUUUCAAAGUCAUUUAUAAGCUGCUAAAUAAUGCCAAAAAAGACAGAAUUUAUAUCGUGUCUGUAUUCUACAUAACAUUACCUUUUUCGGUUCACAGGAUCAAUUUAAUUACAGCAUAAAGUAACAUCCGUGUUUGGAUAAUUUCCUAUUGUGUACUAUAUAGCUACCUUUCUGAUUUUAUUGGGUGCCACAUCCAGGGUUUUCCUAAUUAUAUAUUUGUCAAAUCUGUUGUGCCACUUAUUUUUAGCGUGGAAGUAUUCAAAGUAUCUUUGUUUCAAACAGUAGCUCUAAUGGACUCCUUCAAGUUGUCAGUAGAGCCGGUUAAUUAAGUUUCACACUACCUUUACAUGCACUUGAGUAUUGAAGAUAACUAGCUUAUGCUGAUUACUGACACAUAAUUGAAAAUAAUUGUUUCCUUUAUCAGUUUUAAGGCAUUGGGCAUUAAUGUGCAUGGCAGAAACCCAGGAAAGCGAAGGUACCUUCGCUGUGGUAGCAAUUUAGCAGAAAUGCAAUAUUGCUACACCUAAAGUAAUUACAUCCAAAGGUCCUAUGAUCAACAAACAUAUUGAUUUCCCUACUUUAGACAUAAGUAGAUUAGUUUAUUAAAUAGAGUCUAAUUCCAGCAGUAAUGAAUUUGUGAAAUUGAAAGACAUACAUACAGUAUUAUAUGCCAUCCAGCAUUAGUCCGAAUUUGUUUAUAACAAAUAAGAUCCACUUAAAACAUGACAAAGCUGACAUGACAAAACUGUUUAGGAGUUUUUGUUACAACUGUGUGUUAAUUGUGGUUUUAGAAGAGCAUUUUACAAAAAAAUAAGGUUAUCAGAUGCAAUGCCUUAACCCCAUUUCUGACAGUUACAUGGUUUCUAAUGUGCAUGUAAAUGUGGUGAAACUUUCAGAAAUUGUUAAGUGGGGACAAGUCGUAAGAGUUUACUGCUAGUGAUGGAAACCAUUAAAUGCUUGCACAAGGAAUUCUUUACCAGACUGUAUAUUUAAUGUUGCAUUUGUCAGAGUCUGGCUGUAACAGUUAGGCCUCUGAGUGAGUUAAAUAUAUCUUGAUAUGUUGUAGAGUAUUAGGUUUCUUCAUUUAAAAAAAAAAAAAAAAAACUAAGUGAAUGCUAGGAAGCAUGUUGGAGAUGAUAUUUCCAGUGUGGCUUUUUGUGGGAGGCCGGACUGCUGACAUACACAUGCAUAGUAUGCAUACAUGCAGCCAGUCUCCAAGGAUCAUGGAAGGAUUUGGCUGUGCCUUGCAGCACAUUGCUCUCAGGAUGCUUUCUGUUUUCUAAUUUUAAGUAUUUUUCCUGCCGAAAACCAGUGGUUAUUGGCAAGAGUGUACUCUGAUCUAGUAGUGAUAUAUUUUGUGAAAACCCUACAUGUAACAUGUAGUACCUUAAAGUCACUUAUGUACAGUUGAAACAUGGAGAUGGUGUUGCAGACCUUUGUACUUUUUGUGUAUAUCCUCUUUAUGCACCUUGGGAUCUAGAAUAGUGGGCUGACAGGGUGGAUUUAUGUGGUGCAACUUCAGUCGAAUGAAAAUGUGUUGGUUGUCUGUGAGGGUGCAUUUAAAAACCAUCUUCUGAGCAGAAGACAAUUCUAACAAGUGAUCCUUAAAUACCUCCCAUUAGUGGGCCUAAGAAUGCUAAUGUCUGUUAAUGGGUAUUAACCAUGAAGUUUGGUGUUGCCCCAGAUUAUCGAAACAAACCUAUUACUUAACACUUAAAGGAUUUCUCUGAUACUGUUUCUAACUCGCCCUCUGGACAAAGCGCUGGAUUAACCAUUAAGCCUACAGUUGUACAAGUUGUACCAUGUAAAGCCAACCCCUACAGCAAAACCAUGCUUCGAGUGCAUAUAAAGGGAAAUGCCACUUAUUUUCAGAAUUCAGGAAUGGUUAUGAUAGACCAGCUAUGAAAUUGCAUGAAUGAACAUUACAAAUUUGCAGCAUAGUAUCACCUAAGAUUGUUUGUUUGUUAAUAUCAAAUAACCUUACUAUAAGUGGAAUAACAAAAAAUACAUUAAGGGACAUCACAUUACAUGAGGGAAAAUUUAUUGGUUAGGAAAGGGUUCAUACUAACACUGAAUUUAGAACUGAGUGGUAUUACUCUUUAACAGGGCUAAUUCUGCAAGCCUGACUUUGUCUCAUUGGUGGUGCUUUCAGAAUAUAUAUUUCUUUAUAAUGUUUAGGUACUACCGUGAUCUAUGACCAGAUAUAAAGAAGAAAAAAAAAAUGAAAAAAAAAUGUUGAAUGUGUUUUUGCCCAAAUGAAUUUUGGGCUUUGCUGACUUUGUUUUUUCAUGAAAAAAGACGAGGCCACCUUAGGCUGGCUGUCUGUUCAUGAGAAGGUGAAACAAACCGCCUAAAUGUUUCUUCAUGUGAAACAAUCAGAUUGCAAGGCUGCUGUCAAGGUUGUUUCUGGCAUUUGGCUAAACGUUUGCGUGCAAUCCUUUUCCUCGACAUGGUUGAACUGUCGUAAAAUAGAAAAAUUAAAACCAUCAAUGCUUAAAACCUAAAUGCUGUCAGUGCUAAAAGAAAUAAAAUCAACACUGUUGCUCAUUGUGAGACCAAACUGAGGUCACAAGCAUUUUGGCUUUAAUGUAAUAAAAUGUUUCUUAGUGAUGUUGAGAUUCUUGUUUAAUCUGAACUCUGAAGUAGUCUAUUGCCCUGAUGAACUGUGUGUUUGGGAAUUUUGAGGUUUAUGCUAAAAUCAUGCUAGAAAUGAUAUUUUUCCAUCUAAUAGUAAAUCAGUGGGCACAGUGAGUGGCAUUCAUAGAUGUAUAAGGCAGCUAAAACAGUUUGUGACAGACUAAACAUGUGGACUGUAAUUUACAGGACAUAAAAUAAAUGUUAAAUCAGUUUAGAUUUUGGCAGAUCUAAGUGGAAUCCCAUUAGUUUAUGGUUUCUUAAAGAGGAUCUCACUUUUUCAUUCUAAUUUUGGAUUUUGCUCACUAGCUUGUGUGUUUCCAGCACAGUGUUGGCUUCAAUUCAAAGUAAACAAAAGAGAAUAGAAAUGUAGGAGCAUUGUAUUUAUUAUUGAUUGUUUAUUACAGACAAAGUGUUCUCCAGGGAAUAGACUACUUCCCCAACCAAAACAAAACAAAAAAAAACUUCUAUGGCUACGAAGGACUUCUGAUGUGCCAAUCCAGUAUUUUACUGGUUUGUCAGAUUGUUAAACUAAAGGCCAGGAUAGUGGUUCAUAGUCCCCUCCCUCUCUUUCUAAGUGCCGCAAACAACUAAGCCACAAAUGUCUAGAAUUGACUUUUGCUUGUUGAUACAAAUUGUAUCUAUACCUUGAAUGUAACAAAAUAUGAAAUGUAUAAUAUGAAUAUAAUAGUUUUAUUUAAAUAAAGGGGGGGAAAACAAUGCCAUAAUGUUUGUGACACUGUGUGUCACUGGGAGUAGCCCAUUGGUAUGUACUAACUCUUACUGGGUACAGUAGUUAAUUUACAGGGACAUUUACGUGCUACUUAAAGGUGCACAGAUACCCUGUGUACAGCAGUAAUCAUGUCCUCUCUGUACAUAGUCACACGUGUGUGUGUAUAUAUAUAUAUAUAUAUAUAAAAAGAGAUCUGUAAAUGUAAGUUACUUAAGUUGUUGAAAUACUUCAGAUGAGUUCUGUGUUGUAACUCGUGCACUUCGUUUAAGUGCAUCGAUUUCCUCUCAACCGACAUGUCUGCUUUAUGCUAUUUUAAUGGGAAUUUCAAGUUUUUUGGAUAUAUUUUGCCUAAUAAAACAUGCCAAAGUUAUUCUUUGGCGGCUUCAGCACACGGGUUGUCAUGCAAUGACCUCUGUUUGUCUGAGGGCAGAGGAUGUUGGUCUCUUUCUCACUGUAAGCUGUGAGAGCAACUUAACAUCAAACACAAAUGAAGGGACUAGCCUGGAGGUUAAAAAAAAAAUGCACACAGGAACAACAGUCAUUGGCUGAACUCCUGCUUUCAGAUGAUGCUUCACAUGACUGGCAAGACAGGCUGCAGUAACAUAAUGUACUGAGUGGAUGGUAAACUCAGGGCCAGUUCUCAUCCGGAUUUGUGUUUCAUGUUGACUGCUGUUUAAAAAUGCUGAUGCUUCUUGAGACUGGCAUUAAUUGGAAUGUUUGGCUGUUGAUUUAAUGACUAACCCUCCAUGUUGAAUUGUGUUUUCUUGGAGUAUUGAAUUAUUCACCAAUUGUAAUUUAAUACUUUUGCUAUCUGAUGCCAGCUAUUAUUAGACUUGUGCUAUUUUCAAGACUGAUAUUAUAUUGAGUUCAGAAUCAGUUGUUGUUGGCUAAGACCAAGACCAAAGUGAUUUUGAUGUGUACACAUUACGUCUUGCAGUUUGUGCUACUGUGGAUUUGCUGGUGUACAAAAUGCCACAAGAAGAGGCACACACAUUUAAACAUGACUGUACAUAAUACAGUAUACCGUGUAAUACUCAGGUUAAGUCACACAAACAUUUUAAAUCACAGACUUGGUUGUUUUCUAAUAUUGAGAAAUGCAGUGGUCACCUUUCUAAAGUGUAGGUCUCCUGUUUGAAUAGACCAUUGUAUCUGCAAUGUAAAAAGGGAAAUAUAAAGCAAGUUUUUUUGUGUGUGUUGUGAUGAUCUGCAGUAUUGUAAUCCACAUGGACUGGAAAGCAUUGCUUUUAUAGACCAAAAUAUACAAAAAUAGACUAUUUGGGUCUGUGGACUCAAACAAAAUGUAAGUCUUAAUGACAAACUGUGUUUCUCUCCCUAAAUAAAGUAUAAUUCUGUUCAAA